CAGGCACAGGGCUGGGGUGGGAAGUACACUGUCCAUUGGAGGAGGCCUGGAGGCAGGAACUGCUGGAGCAAAGGAUGCAGAUGAUAUUCCUUACCAUUGUACUAUCUAUUUGGGUAAAUAUUUUGUGUUUAAAAAGUUCUAACCAUAUAAAGAUGUAUAAAAGAAAAUGGAAGUCUCCAGUAGUCCUCCAAAGAUACACACUGUUAAGAGCUUGAUGUAGACUCAUGAAAAAAUAAUAUGGUUUCUUGGGGGAGGGGAGAACUUUAUAGCAGGGGUACAAAGGAUCCCUGGUUGGCACAAACAAUUUGUGCUUGACUACUGACCUAAAGAUUGGAGGUUCCCAUCCAGUGAAGAAAGGCUUGGUGAUCCACUUCCAAAAUUAUAGCCAAGGAAACCCUAUGGAGCAGUUCUACUCUGUAACACAUGGGGUGCCAUGAGUCAGAAUUGAUUCAACAGCAACAGGCUUGGUUUUUAGUUUAGCAGGGGUAAACAUACAGUUUAAUUGGUCUCCUGUAACUUCACUGGGACAAAUUCACCUUUAGGAGUUAACUAGAUAUGACAAUGACAAACCUAUUCUGGUAACAGAAACCAGGUUGGACUCUAGGGACAAGAAUGUGCUGUCCUCCUUGACCUCUUUAACUACCUCAUUGUGGAAAGAGGUUUUUAACAGGUGGCCACUGAAUUGCUUACAAAACCAAAAAAAAAAACCAAACCCAUUGCCGCUGAGUCAAUUCCAACUCGUAGCGACCCUAUAGGGUAGAGUAGAACUGCCCCAUGAGGCUUCCAAGGAGCAGCUGGUAGAUAUGAACUGCCAAUCUUUUGGUUAUCAGCCAAGCUCUUAACCACUGCGCCACCAGGGCUCUGAAUUGGUUACAGUAAACUGUAAAUAGCUGUGAAUAAGUGUCCCAUGUGGCCUCUGAAUGAUAGACAUGUAGGUCUGACUUUUUUUGGAACCACAGAAGGACAGUCUAUUUAGAUCUGUAAUCUUUUAAAACAGCGCCAAGACAGCACUCCAGUGGGCCCACUUUCUCUUCUGAAAACCUGGCAUUUUCCUUUAUAAAUCCCUGUAGAUUGCAAAUAUGCAGUUUUGCCGCCUGUGCCUUCCAAUCUUUACAGGAUUGCCAAAUUUAGCAAAUAAAAUAAAAAUACAGACCAACAGACACUUAGUUAAAUUUGAAUUUCAGAUAAGGAAUGAAAUAACUCUUUAUUAUAAGUCCUGUCUUGGUCAUCUAGUGCUGCUAUAACAGAAAUACCACAAGUGGAUGGCUUUAACAAAGAGAAGUUUAUUCUCUCACAGUCUAGUAGGCUAGAAGUCCGAGUUCAGGGCACAAACUCCAGGGGAAGGCUUUCUGUCUCUGUAGGCUCUGGAGGAAGGUCUUUGUCAUCACUCUUCCUUGGUCUGGGAGCAUCUCAGCGCAAGAACCCCAGGUCCAAAGGACACACUCUGCUCCUGGCACUGCUUUCUUGGUGGUGUGAGCUUCCCCGACUCUCUGCUUGUCUCCCUUUCCUUUUAUCUCUUGAGAGAUAAAAGGUGGUGCAGGCCACACCCCAGGGGAAACUCUGUUUAGGUUGGAUCAGGGAUGUGACCUGGUAAGGAUGUUUUACAAUCCCACUCUAAUCUUCUUUAGCAUAAAAUUAGAAUCACAAAAUGGAGAACAGCCACAGAAUACUGGGAAUCAUGACCUAACCAAGUUAAUACACACAUUUUUAAGGGACAUUAUUCAAUCCAUGACAAGUCCCAUGCAAUAGCUGAGGCAUUUUUGUUGUUGUUAGUUGCCGUUGAGUUGAUUACAACUCAAUAGUGACCCCAUGUGUGCAGAAUAGAACUGCUCCAUAGUGUUUUCAAGGCUAUGACCUUUCGGAAGUAGAUCACUAAGCCUGUUUUCCAAGGCACCACUGGUUGGGUUACAAUCACCAGCCUUUUGGCUAGUAGUGAAAUGCUUAACUGUUUGUGCCACUCAGGGACUCCUUUUUGGAACAUUGUUGUUGUUAGGUACCAUCAAGUCAGUUCUGACUCAUUAACAACCCCUUGUACAACAGAACGAAACACUGCCCAUUCCUGCGCUAUCCUCACAAUCGCUGUUAUGCUUAAGCCCACUGUGGCAGCUACUGUGUCAGUCCAUCUCAUUGAGGGCCUUUCUCUUUUUCACUGAGCAUGAUGUCCUUUUCCAGGGAUUGAUCCCUCCUGAUAACAUGUCCAAAGUAUGUGAGACAGUCUUGCCAUCCCUGCUUCUAAGGAACAUUCUGGUUGUACUUCUUCCAAGGCAGAUUUGUUCGUUCUUUUGGCAGUCCAUGAUAUAUUCAAUAUUCUGUGCCAACACCACUUAAAAGUUAUUUGUUAUUUAUCUGAAAUUCAAAUUUAACUGAGCAUCCUGUAUUUUAUCUGUCAACCCUAAAUCUUUGCCUUCCAUCUAACAGGCCCAACAGGUUAUCUGGCUUGUCUCUGGAGUGUAGAGUCCCUGGGUGGUACAAAAGAUGAACACACUUAGCUGCUAACCAAAAGUUUGGAGAUUCGAGUCCAUCCAGAGGCUCUUUGGAAGGAAGGCCUAUUGAUCUAUUCUGAAAAAUCAGCCACUGAAAAUCCUCUGAAUCACUGUUCUACCCUGACACAUAUGGGGCCACCAUGAGUUGGAAUCGACUUGACGGCAACUGGUUUUGGUUUUCUUGGAGAGUAGAGCAGAGGCCAGUUCGGUCCCUUUAACAAUUUCUCCCACGGACAGCCUAUUUGGCCCUUUAGUCCAUUGUUUGAACAUGUUGUUAUAGUUUAAAGAAACAAAGCACUUCUGCCAGGAGUCCAUUAGAUGGCAUAAUUCUUAAAGCUUCAUAUUCUAAAUUCAACCUUCAGGGAAGGACAAAGGGUCAGCCAGGCCACAACAAACUUCUAAUUUUGAUGGAAAUUUCUCAAGAGAAAGACUGUGCUUUUUCUUCUUUUUUGGCUAGUCAUUGGUACCUUUCCUUUAUUCAGCAAGUAUCUGUUAAGACUCUACUUGGGGACCUUGCCCCUUCAGUGGAAAUAGGAGGGUGGACGUAUCUCUUAGGUUCCUGAUGACCUCAGGGAAGAAGUCUUUGCUGCCAUCUGAGACACUUCUAAAUUAACAUGUAAUGCCGAAAUAUCCUAGGAACAUUUCCCAAGGAGGAGAGGGGACAAGAAAACAACUCACUCCCUUAGCAGUUGACGGGCCAAAGCUUUUCUCACCGUCAAGGCCCUUCCCUUAUCUAGCAAUUUCAUCUUGCUGCACACGGGGUUUCUGGAAAUAGGGACUCCAUGAUUAACACUGCCGGUUAUUAAAGAUUCCAGAUAAACACCCUUCCUGGUUAGCUGCCCUCCUGUCACCAUCUGGGUCAGGACAGUUGAACUUGGUCUUAAAUAUUAACAUAAGAGGGAUAAUUCCGUCAGAUAAGUACCGCCACUCAGUGGGGCGAGGAGACCCCACACCAGGCCUGGAUGCUCUCGCGAACUGAGCUGCAGCUGGGAAAAGCUUUCUUGUUAACUUCUCCUUUCUUUUUUUUUUUUUCUUUUUUUGCCUUUGUUGUUUGUUUUUUAACUGCUUUCAAUCCUUGCUGUUUAAAAAACAUGGAUUUUUAAAAUUUAGACAGUCCCUGUGUGAGCUUUAGGAGCAGGUUAAGGGGAACUGGAAUCCCCAGGUAGUUAAAUGGCUAAUGCACCCACCUGCUAACUGGAAGGUCAGAGGUUUCAGUCCACCCAGAGGCACCUGGGAUCUACUUCCAAAAAAUCAGCCAUUGAAAAACCUCAUGGAGCACAGUUCAUAGGUCCUGGGGCUUGUGCUCAAAUGCUAACCCAAAGGCUGGAGGUUGGAACCCACCCAGCGACACUGUGAGAAAAAGGCCUAGCAAUCUGCUUCCAUAAAGAUUAUAGCCAAGAAAACCCUCUGGGGCAGUUGUACUCUGAAACACACGGAGUCGCCAUCAGUCAGAAUAGACUUACCGGCAACUAACAACAACCACAAGGAGAACUGUGGUCCAGCUCCCCCCUUCCAUCCCCACCUGGCUGUGAUGCUGGAACGAACGGUCUGGAGAAGUGACCCCAGAUACGGCAGCGGCUGUGCCAAUGGGCAGCCAGAGGCUAUGGCCUGGGCCCCCACUGAGCCAGCCAGGCACCAACUAGUCUUUGGAUUAAAUGUGACUCUUCUCUGCUUCCCAUGGCACCAGAAUGAACCCAGACUCCCCACGAAGGCCCUGCACGCCCCUUGCUGCCUCUCUGGUCUCAGCUUGGACACCUCUCCCUCUUGCUCAGGAUGCUCCAGCCACACCUGCCUUCCUUCUGUGUCUCAAACAUAUGAGCUCCUGUCAUCCUCAGUGUCCCUGCACUUACUGUUCCCCCUGGCUAGAGGGUGUGUCCCGCACCUGGCCCCUUCCCUUCAUUCAGGUCUCGGCUCCAUCCUCAGGGACUGUCCUGACCACCCAGUCUGCAUAAGUCAGCCCAUUGUCCUGGUUUAUGGUCUUCCUCACACCUCCCACCACCUCUGUUACCUUGUUUUUGCCUGUCUGCACCCCCUCUGGUGGCACAACAGUUAAGCACUCAGCUGCUACCUGAAAAGUUGGUGGUUCAAACCCAUCCAGCAGCUUCACAGGAGAAAGGCCUGGAGAUCUGCUCCCACAACGAUUACAGCCUAGAAAACCCUGUGGGGCAGUUCUAAUCUGUCACGUGGGGUUGCUAUGAGUCAAAAAUGUACUCAAUGGCACCUAACAACAACAACAGCAUCAUCUUUGUCUGUCUGCAGCACCUAGAACAUUCCAAGCCCUUAUAAAUAUUGGCCAAAUGGUGUUGAAUGGUCUUGGUCUUAAUCCACUUUCCAGAAGAUUCCCCUGUAAAAUGUGAUUUGUUUCCACUGCUUCCAGGACAGUAGAAAAACAGACAUGGAAGUUGUGUCUAAGCCUCUCUCUCCUGCGGUCCAGACAGGGAUAGCAGAGAGGCCUGGUGCCCUAGAGAGUGAUUGCUGGUCGGGAACUUCCUGGCAGGGCACGGAUCCUGAUUCUAGAUCCUGGGUUCUCAUCACAGUCCAGGAAGACUCACCAGGAAGUGUUUGAUUUGUUGCCAAACUAAUUGAACACACUCAAGUUGCUCCAUUAUCCACAGGAGAUCAGUUCCAGCUGGGCCAAUCAGGGGAGGCUUCCCAGAAGAGGUGGGAAUCCAGGCAUGUCUGAAAGGACAGGUGGGAAGGAGGGCACUGUGAGCAGGAGGAGAGGCAGGAGAAAAAGAGCAGAGGUCAGGGGGAGGAACGCCCUGAAGGGGACAGCAGGCAAACCAGGCUAGGACACUAAAGGAAAGGUACCUCCACCUUGAGAAAGGUGCCCAGGGCUGACUUAUACCUGGAGCUGGCAGGGCUAUCCCUGAGUGUCCUGAGAGGAACCCUGGCUCUCCCUGGCUACCUAUGGGACCUUGGACAAGUCACCUGGCCUCUCCAUGUUUCGGUUUCUCCAUCUGGAAACCAAAAAAAAAAAAACGCAAACCUGUUGCGGUCAAGUGGAUUCUAAUUCAUGGCGACCCGAUAGGACAGAGUAGAGCUGCCCCAUAGAGUUUCCAAGGAUCAGCUGGUGGAUUUGAAUUGCCUCCCUUUCGGUUAGCAGACAAACACUUAACCACUGCACCACCAAAGCCCCUCAUCUGGAAAGGGGACGUGAUAGUCACUGCCUCCCAGAAUUGUCCUGGGGACCAAGUAAAAUAAUGGCAUAACUCAAAGUUCCAUGCUUGGCUCCUUGUGAGAGAGAAGCAGUGGUCCCUCCCCUCCCUGCAAAAGGGACCAUCCCUGCUCUCUGAGAGUUGUCCGGGUAUUCUUUAUGGAUUGAGUUAUGUCAUCCCAAAAUAGGUGUUGAAUUCUUGGCUCUUGGACCUGUGGAAGUGAUGCUAUUUAGAAAUAGGGGUUGUCUUUUGUUACAUUAAUGAGGUCAUACCAGUGUUGGCUGGGUCCUAAACCUAAUCACUUCUGAGUUAUAAGAAGACCAGGAUAGACACAGAAAUACUCAGGGGGAAUAUAGACACCCUGUGAGGAUUAUCUACUAGACAAGGAACUAAGGAACGCCUGGGGCUUACCAAAAAGGAAGACAUCCACAGAGCUGAGAGCCUAAGUUGGACUUUUAGCCUCUAGAACUGUGAGAAAAUAAAUUUCUGUUCUUUAAGCCACCCACCUGUGGGGUGUGUGCUACAGCAGCCCUGGGAGACUAAGACAGUAUCCAAACCCCUGCAGUUGCCCUUCCAUCUCAGAAUUGCAUUUCUGCAAACAGUUGUACCUGGAGAUGCAGCUGGAACCCCUGUGUGGACAGCAAGGGAAGGCAGGAGGUGGUGGAGACCAGCUGGUCAUCCUGCCAGGAACGGGUUGGAGGAGCCAGCUGGCCAGCGUAGGGCUCCCAUAGGUCUCAAUGUUGGGCCUGACCAAGCUCCAGCUGGCAGCAGUGUGUGACCUGUGUUCCUCCUGGGACUACUUCUGCUGGACAGCAGCCCUCAUGCUGGCACCUCAGCAGCCAUUCCAGGCCUGGAGACAGCUGUCCCUCUGUAGUUCCCCUGACCUCGCCAGCCCCAGCUUCCCUGCCUUUAAAAUGGACAUAACAGCCCCUUCCCUCCCUGGCAGGGCUACUGUGAUAAGUAGGAGAAAGCACAUAGAUCCUGUGAUGGUGAAUUUCCUGUGCCCACUUGGCCAGGCUGUGGUGCCCAGGUUGGUCAGAUACAAGUCUAGGUGUUGCUGGGAAGGUGUUUGGUAGAUGUGAUUGACAUUUCCAAUCACUUGACUCUGAGUAAAAGGGAUGACCCUUGAUAAUGCGGUUGGGCCUUAUGCAGUCAGUUGAAGACCUUAAGAGCAAAAAUUGAGGGUCUUGAAGAAGAAGGAAUUCUGCCCGAGGCUGCAAGAUAGAAAUCCUGCCAGAGCUUCUAGUCAGACAGACUUCACUACAGAUUUCGGACUCAAGACUGCAAUAUCAGCUGCUGCCUGAGUUUCCAGCCUGCUGGCCUGCCCUGCAAAUUUCAGACUUCACACAAUCGUAUGAGCCAAUUCCUUAAACUAAAUCUCUCUAUGUGUAUGUGUGCUUGUAUGUGUGUGUGUUGUGUAUAAAACAACCCAUCUGUCCGUUUGUCCUACUGUGGUGGCUUGCAUGUUACUAUGAUGCCAGAAGCUAUGCCACUAGUACUUCAAAUACCAGCAAGGUCACCCAUAGUGGACAGAUAUCAGCAGACUAAGUCCUUCCAGACUAAGACAGACUAGGAAGAAAGCCCUGAUGAUCUACUUCCAAAAAUCAACCAAUAAAAACCUUAGGGAUCACAAUAGAAUAUUGUUAGACUCACUUGUUUUGGACACGUCAUCAGAAGGGAUCAGUCCUGGAGGGAGACAUCGUGUUUGGUGAAAUAGAGGACCAACAAAGACGAGGGAGUCCUUUGGUGAGAUGAAUUGGCACCGUAGCCAUAACGAUGGACUCAGCCAUGCUGGCAAUCAUGAGGGUGAUUCAGGACUGAGCAUCAUUUUGUUCUGUUGUUCAUAAGGUCACCAUGAGUCAAAGUGAAUUCAAUCCACAGGCAGUGCCAGGCAGCCCCACGGGGACUGUCUUCCCCCACCCCCAGCCCCCUGACCAGUAACCUGAGCUCCCAGAAAGGGUCCAAGAGCAGGAGCUGUGCAGUGGAAGAUUGAACUCCAACCCUGCACUGGAGCUGCAACCUGGGUGCGUUUCUCACCUUCCUGAGCCCACCAUCUCCUCUGCAGAAGGAGGGGAGUGAUGCAGCGUUAACUACUUUGCUUAGCCUUUCCGUGCCUCAGUUUCUUCAAGGGGGAGUUGGGAUCAUGAGGGUUUGGUGAGGAUUCAGUGUGUUGUAUGUGAAGCGCUUAGAACAGUGGCACAUUGUGGGCACCAUGUAAGUGUUGGCGCUGCCAUCAUUGCUCCUGUUGUUGAUGUGAUUAGACCUUAACGGGUGCUUCUGAGGGAGGAAAGGCAAAGGGUAUGUACAGUGCUUAGUUCAGGGCUUGGUACAGUCGCUUGAUAAAUGGUGGCAACUAAGAAACAAAAUGUCCCUGUGUGGUGCAGACAGUUAACGUGCUCAGCUGUGAACCAAAAGAUUGUAGGUUGGAGUCCCCCCAGAGGUGCCUCAGAGGAAAGGCCUGAGGAUCCCCUUCCAAAAAAACAGCCAUUGAAAACCAUAUGGGGCACAGUUUUACUCUGACACGCAUGGGUUCCCCAUGAGUCGGAGUCAACGACAACUGGCUUAAGAAGCAAAAUGGGCCAAUUUGUGGCCAAUUUGCCUUUUUCCCCUUGUAGGGCUGAAAUUGUGGGGUGUGGUCAGGAUGGCAAGCUCCUGAUGAGCAGGAAGGAAGGGGGUAGGGAGCAUGGAGCUGGAUCCAAGGAAACCCACAGAUGACUGGAAAAUGCCAUGUCCUGGUGUCGCCUGCAGCACCCGUGUGGCCACAACCACAGUCCCCCCCGGCCCCGCCACAAAAUGGUCCCUGCAUGCAGGAGCUCAGGCCUCCAGCUCGCUUGUCCUCUGGGCUCCCUAUUCCUCUUCCUGCCAUGUCAAGCCCUCCAUAGCAAGAGCUGCCAGGCUAGCAGGUGCACCGAGAGACAGACCUGCUGCCUAUCCCAUGACUUCCUGCACCAGCUUCUCCUCUCACUAGAAGUACAUCUUGUGUUUGAAAUUAAGUCCUGACUUCCUUUUUUUCCUUCUGGAGCCUUGUCCACAUAGAACCCCUGACCUCUCCUUCUAGAAGACUUGGCCCUGGCUCUGAUGCAGGCUUGAUUUAGACCUGUCCUAGGGACCCUCCACAGCCCCCUGCUAAUGGAAACCACAAUCCAGCAUGCCACCCCCACCCCUAGAGGUCUUCACUCUCACCUACCAUCAACCCCCUCCUCCAGGAAGUCCACCAGCUGGCCAACCUUUGCUACCACCCACUACUCUGGAGUACUCUCUGUCCUUUAGCACCAGCUGCCCUGCCUUGGGCUGAAAACACUGCUGGGUGCCACCCAUGUCCCACUCAGUGUAGACGGAUGGGGCAGCCUUACUCACUAAUACGGGAAGACACAGGGGCCUCUGCAGGACACGGCACUUCAUUCCUGCUCUUGGAGAAGCUACUGGGUUUUUUUUUUACACUGCAUUAGAACUCUGACUCCAGGUCUUAGUAUGCUUGAGUCCAUUGCUGUGGCUAUUGUGUCAGUCCAUCUCAUUGAGGGUUUCCCUUGUUUUUGCCGACCCUCUACUUUACCAACCAUGAUGUCCUUUUGUAGCAAUUGGCCUUUGCUGAUGGCGUGUCCAAAAUAAGAAAGGGGAAGUCUCGCCAUCAUCACUUCUAAGGAACAUUCUGGUUGUAUUUCUUCUAAUACUGAUUUGUUUGUUCUUCUGGCAAUCCACUGUAUAGUCGAUAUUCUUUGCCAGCACUACAAUUCAAAUGCAUCAGUUCUUCAUGAUCAUGAAGAUAGCGCAGGACUGGGCAACAUUCAUUCUGUUACACAUGGGUUGUCAUGAGUCGGAGCUGACUCGACAGCAACUAACGACAAUUCCAGGCCUCGAGGCCACCACAGUCCACAUUCUGGACAGGGAGAGCAUCCACCCCUCCACUUUGAGCCUGUGGCCAUUUGGAGAAACGACCUGGCCCAGUCCAGCUUUCCUGCCUCUGUCCUCUGUGUGAGCGAUGGAAGGAGGCGAUGCUGGGUCGGGUGGCAGCUCAGCUGGAAGAGCCCCAAGUCAGAAGACGGCUGAGCCGGAAGCUUCCUUUCCAGGGACACUCUGACUAGUGACAUUCUGUGGACACAGAAUGGAGCUUUUAAUUGCAAGUGGCUGUGCUUCUCAUUAAUCACGGCAGGAACCAGCUGCUUUGUUUUAACAACAGCAGAUACUUGCGAGGAAGAAAAAAAAAAAAAAAAACCCAAAGAUCUGUUGUGGAUAGAAAUCUUCCCGCGAUGCCUCUUACAGAUUCCGUUUAAACUGACCAGUGCAUAUCUGUCAGUUUGUCAUACUGUGGAGCUUGCGUGUUGCUGUGAUGCUGGAAGCUAUGCCACCAGUGUUCAAAUACCAACAGGGUCACCCAUAGCAGAUAGGUUUCAGCUGAGCUUCCAGACUCAGACAGACUAGAAAGAAGGACCUGGCAGUCUACUUCUGAAAAGCUUUAGCCAGUGAAAACCUUUUGAGUAGCAGCACAACAUUGAUAUAGUGCCAGAAGAUGAGCCCCUCAUGUUGGGCGGCGCUCCAAAUACAACUGGGGAAGAGCUGCCUCCUCAAAGUAGAGUUGACCUUAAUGACGUAGAUAGAGUAAAGCUUUCGGGACCUUUAUUUGGUGAUGUGGCACAACUCAAAAUGAGAAGAAAGAGUUGUAAACAUACAUUAAUAAUCGGAACGUGGAAUGUACAAAGUAUGAAUCUAGGAAAACUGGAGGUUGUCCAAAAUGAAAUAAACAUUGCUAUCUUAGGCAUUAGUGAGCUGAAAUGGACUGGUAUUGGUCAUUUUGAAUCAGACAAUCAUAUGGUCUACUAUGCCGUGCCGGAAACGACAGUUUGUAAGAGGAAUGGCUUUGCAUUCAUCGUCAAAAAGAACAUUUCAAGAUGUAUGCUGAAGUACAACACUGUCAGUGAUAGGAUAAUAUUCAUACACCUACAAGGAAGACCAGUUAAUAUGACUAUUAUUCAAAUUUAUGCACCAACCACUAAGGCCAAAGAUGAAGAAAUUGAAGAUUUUUACCAACUUCCACAGUCUGAAAUUGACUGAACGUGCAAUCAGGAUGCAUUGAUAAUUACUGGAGAUUGGAAUGCGGAAGUUGGAAACAAAGAAGAAGGAUCGGUAGUUGGAAAAUAUGGCCUUGGUGAUAGAAAUGAUGCCAGAGAUCACAUAAUAGAACUUUUGCAAGACCAGUGACUUCUUCAUUGCAAAUACCUUUUUCCCCCCAACAUAAAUGGUGACUAUACUCGACGGUAGUGGGUUUGGUGUUUUUGGUUAUACACGUGAACCUCACCAGUGGAAUACACAGGAAUCAAAUUGAUUACAUCUGUGAGAAGAGACCAUGGAAAAGCUCAAUAUCAUCAUCAGACAAGGCCAGGGGCCAACAGCAGAACAGACCAUGAAUUGCUCAUAUGCAAGUUCAAGUUGAAACUGAAGAAAAUUAGAACAGGUUGAUGAGGGCCAGAGUAUGACCUUGAGUAUAUCCCACCUGAAUUUAGAUACCAUCUCAAGGAUAGAUUUGACACAUUGAACACUAAUGACCAAAGAGCAGACAAGUUGUUGAAUGACAUUAAGAACAUCAUACAUGAAGAAAGCAAGAGGUCAUUAAAAAGACAGGAAAGGAAGAAAAGACCAAAAUGGAUGUCAGAAGAGACUCUGAAACUUGCUCUUGGAUGUAGAGUAGCUAAAGUAAAUGGAAGAAAUGAUGAAGUAAAAAAACAGAAGGUUUCAAAGAGCAACUUGAACAAAGUAAAGUAUUAUAAUGACAUGUGCAAAGACCUGGAGAUAGAAAACCAAAAGGGAAGAACACACUCUGCAUUUCUCAAGCUGAAAGAACUGAAGAAAAAAUUCAAGCCUCAAAUCACAAUAUUGAAGGAUUCUACGGGGAAAAUAUUAAAUGACGCAGGAAGCAUCUAAAGAAGAUGGAAGGAAUACACAGUCACUGUAUCAAAAAGAAUUGAUCGACAUCUAACCAUUUCAGGAGGUAGCAUAUGAUUAGGAACCCAUGGUACUGAAGGAAGAAGUCCAAGCUGCACUGAAGGCAUUGGCAAAAAAAGGCUCCAGGAAUUGAGAUGUUUCAACAAAUGGAUGCAGCGCUGGAAGUGCUCACUCAUCUGUGCCAAGAAAUAAAGAAGACAGAUACCUGGCCAACCAACUGGAAGAGAUCCAUAUUUAUGCCUAUUCCCAAGAAAGGUCAUCCAACCGAAUGUGGAAAUUAUAGAACAAUAGAAUGGGAAUUUCAGAACACUUAAUUGUGCUCAUGAGGAAUCUGUACAUAGAUCAAGAGGUAGUCGUUCGAACAGAACAAGGGUACAUGGUUUAAGGUCAGGAAAGGUGUGCGUCAGGGUUGUAUCCAUGCUGAGCAAAUAAUCUGAGAAGCUGGACUCUAUGAAGAAGAACGGGGCAUCAGGAUUGGAGGAAGACUCAUUAACAACCUGCAAUAUGCAGAUGACACAACCUUGCCUGCUGAAAGUGAAGAGGACUUGAAGCACUUACUGACGAAGAUCAAAGUCCACAGUAUGGAUUACACUUCAACAUAAAGAAAAUCCUCACAACAUCAUGAUAAACGGAGAAAAGAUUGAAGUUGUGAAGAAUUUCGUUUUACUUGGAUCUACAACCAACACCCAUGGAAGGAGCAGUCAAGAAAUCAAAAGACGCAUUGCAUUGAGCAAGUCUGCUGCAAAAGGCCUCUUGAAAGUGUUGAAAAGCAAAGAUGUCACCUUGAAGACUAAGGUGCACCUGACCCAAGCAAUGGUGUUUUCAAUUGCCUCCUAUGCGCGUGAAAGCUGGAGGGGGAAUAAGGAAGACGGAAGAAUUGACGCCUUUGAAUUGUGGUGUUGGAGAAGAAUAUAGACUAUACCAUGGACUGCCAGAAGAAUGAACAAAUCUGUCUUGGAAGAAGUACAACCACAGUGCUCCUUAGAAGCAAGGAUGGAGAGACUAUGUAUUACAUACUUUGGGCAUGUUGUCAGGAGGGAUCAGUCCCUGGAGAAGGACAUCAUGCUUAGUAAAGUAGAGGGUCAGCAAAAAAGAGGAAGACCCUCAGUGAGAUGGAUUGACACAGUGGCUGUGACAAUGGUUUUAAGCAUAACAACAAUUGUGAGAAUGGUGCAGGACCAGGCAGUGUUUCAUUCUGUUGUACAUAGGGUCUCUAUGACUCGGAACUGACUCAAUGGCACCUAACAACAACAACAAGCACGUGUCAGAACUCACCCUGGAAGAAGAGACCCUUUAGGGUGGUGCUUAAUUGUGGCAAGUUCAGGUCAAGGUUUUAAGCUUUCCACUCUUGUCUUAUUCUUGUGACUUCUGAGAAUAUUAGGAGUCAGGACCCCUGUUUUAGGCAAGUGGAACGUUCCAGACUCUAACAAGUCUUUAAAAAUCACAGGGGCUCCUGUCUACCUUUUCUGCUUUGCAGUUCUCUGCUGGGUACAGCAUGUAUUUUUCCUGGGAUCCCUUGGGAGAGUUCUGGCUUCAAAUAUUCAUUCCUGUCAGCGUGAAACAUCCUUAAAAUGCCUUGCAAAUGCCUCCCUUCAGACACCCCGGCUGCCCUUUAAGGCUGUCUGGUGCCUAGGGACCUAGCACAGAACUCCCCUGGGUUUAUUUAGAAAAGGCGGACCCUGAGUUUAUGGUUGAAUAAGUGGUUCUUUCCCCAGUUGCAUCCGUGGCCUCCCCUUAGCAGUGAUCUUUGGCUAAAAAGGAAGGUGUAGGUGAAGUGUAUGGGACUAUGUCUCCUGCUGUGGCCAGGGUGGGGCAGCAGAAAGGAAAGCAGCAGAACAGGCUCAUUCAUCUCGCAGGCUUUAGUAAGCACCUUCCGUGUUCCCAGUGGUCUUAUGGGUGCCUGGGGAGCCUGUGAACAGAGCAACCAAGGGCCCUGCUCUCCCGGGACCCCUGACCUGGGAAAAGAUGGAUAGUCCACAGCAAUGGAACUUUGGAGCCUCAGAGGGUGACCAGUGAUGUGCUGGAUGGGACUGGAGAGGAGGGGCAGCUCCUCAGGGACACCUGGGAUAAGACAUACCUGGCAGAGAGAAUAGCGGGUGCAAAGGUCCUGAGGCAGGCACCACGAGGCGUAUUCUAGGAGUACCCGAAGGCCAGUGUGGGCAGGUCAGAGUGGCAUAGAGGGAAGUGUGGGCUAGGACAGAAUUAGAAUUCAGUUCCCUCAGUGCAAUGGGAGAAAUGGCAGCACAAGGGUAUGGGGAUUAUGAGUGUACCUGGGUGGCUGUUGGGGAGUGUUUUUUUUAAUAUAUAUAAUUUUUAUUGUGCUUUAAGUGAAAGUUUACAAAUCAAGUCAGUCUCUCACACAAAAACUUAUAUACACCUUGCUACAUACUCCCAAUUACUCUCCCCCUAAAGAGACAGUGCGCUCUCUCCCUCCACUCUCUCUUUUCAUGUCCAUUUCGCCAGCUUCUAAGCCCCUCUACCCUCUCAUCUCCUCUCCAGGCAGGAGAUGCCAACUUAGUCUCAAGUGUCCACCUGAUCCAAGAAGCUCACUCCUCACCAGUAUCCCUCUCCAACCCAUUGUCCAGUCCAAUCCCUGUCUGAAGAGUUGGCUUUGGGAAUGGUUCCUCUCCUGGGCCAACAGAAGGUCUGGGGGCCAUGACGACCGGGGUCCUUCUACUCUCAGUCAGACCAUUAAGUCUGGUCUCUUUAUGAGAAUUUGGAGUCUGCAUCCCACUGCUCUCCUGCUCCCUCAGGGGUUCUCUGCUGUGUUCCUGAUCGGUUGUAGCCAGGCACCGUCUAAUUCUUCUGGUCUCGGGAUGAUGUAUUCUCUGGUUCAUGUGGCCCUUUCUAUCUCUUGGCCUCGUAAUUACCUUGUGCCCUUGGUGUUCUUCAUUCUCCUUUGCUCCAGGUGGGUUGAGACCAAUUGAUGCAUCUUACAUGGCUGCUUGCUAGCAUUUAAGACCUGUUGGGGAGUAUUUUACUUGUGGACCCAGGAAUGCCCUAAGUCCAGCCUGGCCCAGGCCCCCCUCCUCCUUUGACAUCCCUAGGGACAAUCGAGGCACAGAGGCAGGUGCUGCUUCCCUGGCAGCCAGCCUGUGACCCGAGGAGCCUUCCUCCCUCUCCUGGAGCCCGGACCUGGGCUUCCCCCUCUCAUCACUGUCCCAGGGGCCAGAGGGCGGCCCACUGAGGAGGCAUGAGCCCUGGGAGGUAAGACAGCAGGCGUAGCAUCAGGAGUGGCCAGGGCCUGAUGCCUCGGCUGGGUCCCAGCUCAUCUUGGGCAAGCGUAAUCCUUCAUUUGCUCAUACAUAAAAUGAGCAGAUGACAGCAAUACCUUCCAGGUAACAAUCCACAGAGAAACCAGCGUCUAGGUGUUCCGUAGAUGUUUUCACUGUCUUUGUCACUGCCUUUGAAUGUGCAGUGACCACCACCCACAAAAGCACUGGCCAGUGAGCCCCUGGAAUUCAUUCAUUCAGAAAUACUUGUGAUGUAUUUCACUUCCACUAAGAUGGCUAAAGGAGCCCUGGUAGUUUAGUGGUUAAGUGCUAUGGCUGCAAACCAAAAGAUGGGCAAUUUGAAUCCACCACCCGCUUCUUGGAAACUCUAUGGGGCAGUUCUACUCUUUUCUAUAGGGUCUCUAUGAGUCGGAAUCUACUUUAUGGCAUCAGAUUUGGCUUUUUUUAGUGCAAAGUGGCCAGACUGUACACCAAUUAGGAAUGUGGUGCCGGCAACAUUUGUCCCACCCCACAGAUUAGGGAUGGGGGUGGGAGAAAGAGGAGGCAGGAACACCCUGUCUCCGUCCUGAGCAGCUGGGAGAAUGGCGUUCCUGUGGGAAAGACGCUGGGAUCAGGCCGGCCGUAAGUCAGGCACUCCAUACGCAUGCUGAGCUCAUGCUUGAGAAGUUCAGGAUGCAGAUCAGGAACCAGAGGAGGUCAUUGGAUAUCGGGGCGGGGUCCAGGCUGGCAGAUACCCGGGAGCGUCCUCAGUACAAAGACGACCUUAAAGGUGUGCGAAUGAGCAGAGCUAACAGGGAGACAGCUGGACAGACCGGGGAACUGGCCGGGCCUGGGUGCUAGGAUUUCCUCAUCCUUCAUUCACAUUAGCAGGAUGGGGCCUUCCUGGGGCAGGGGGAGCCCAGAUGCCAUCCACAGCAGUGCUCCCUGCCCAGGUCGGACAGCCUAGGCAGCUGUGAGAAAGAAGAGUGGUCUAUUACCCAGCAUUUUUAGGGUGCAGGCUUCAGCUACCUAAGUUUUGCUCUUAAGGCCUUCAGCUGAUUGGAUAAGGCCCAUCCAUAUUAUCAAGGGUCAUCUCCUUUAUUUAGAGUCAACUGAUUGUAGAUGUGAGCCUCAUCAACAAAACACCUUCCCAGCAUCACCUAGGCUUGUGUUUGACCAAACACGGGGCACCACAGCCCCAGCCUAGUGGACCCAUAAAAUUCACCAGCACAAAUGGGCAUCUGUCCAAUAGCUGUUUGUGUCCCUCAGUAUAAUCAGAAACAUGGUUUAGUCUUUCCUUGGGUCAUUGAACCAAUACCUAUGGAAAGCCCGCUGUAUGCAUGGCACAGUGCUGGGCAGGGGAGACACAAAGACAAACACCAAGGAAUGGCUCCUAACCUGUGGUGUUGAUGGGGAGACAGAAUCUUUACAACAGCCUUUCCGGGGUGUGGUCCGUGACACUGGAGAGGGAGGGGUGCCCGCGCUUGGAGAGCUGGCGUCAUACCACCUGUGGUAUCUAAGCUGUUGUCAGAGAGAGAACAGGAGCUCAAAGGCAAGAGAAAGGGCACUUCUGCCAGGGAACAACAGGAGUGAAGGCCCAGAGGCUUUUGAGGCAAAUGGCAUUUUUUUAAAGAUUUAUUGAGAUAUACUUCACUUACCGUAUAAGUUACCUGUUUAAAACGUACAAUUCUAUGGUUUUUGGCAUAUUCACACAGUUGUGCAACCAUCACCACUAAUUCUAGAAUAUUUCCAUCACCACAAAAAAGAAGGCUUGUACCUACCCUUCAGCAGCCACUCCCCUAUUCCCCCUUCCCACUAGCCCUGUUGUUGUUGUUGUUAGGUGCUGUCAAGUUGAUCUUGACUCAUAGCGACCCCAUGUGACAGAAUAGAACUGCCCGAUAGGGUUCUCUAGGCUGUAAUCUUUACAGGAGCAGAUCACCAGGUCUUUUCUCCCGUGGACCUGCUGAGUGGGUUUGAACCUCCAACCUUUCAGUUAGCAGCCAAGCACUUAACCGCUUUGCCACCAGGCUUCCUUUUCUACCAGCCCUAGGCAACCACUAAUCUCCUUUCUGUCUGUAUGGUUUUGUCUAUUCUAGAUACCUUAUAUAAAUGGAAUCAUAUAAUAGGUGUUCUUUUAUGUCUGGCAUCUUUUACUGAGUUUUCAAGGUUCACGCAUGUGGUAGCAUGGAUCAAAACUUGAUUGCUUUUUAUGGCUGAAUAAUAUUCCAUUGUAUGGAUAGACUACAUUUUGUUUAUCUGUUUGUCAGUUGAUGGACAUUUGGGUUGCUUCUACCUGUUGGCUAUUACAGAUAACGCUGCCGUGAACAUCCAAGUUCUGCGUGGAUGUACGUUUUCAUUUCUCUUGGAUACAUGCCAAGGAGUGGAGUGGUAGGGUCAUCUGGUAAAAUGGAUGACAUUUCAUUUCACACGCUCAUGGUGACUAAGUCGCUGGGAGUCUCAGUUAACUGUGUGCCACUUAAAGCAGGCCAUCUGGUAAGAGCAGCCCGUAAGUAACAGUAAGACACCAGCCUUACUGUAUCCAGUGGUUUGCCAGAGCGCAGAGAAGUGUAUAAGGAAGAAGAAGGAAGGGACUUUCACCUCCCGUGAAGUCAGCGUGCACAAUCACUCUUGGUAAAAGCACUGCUUCCUGGGCCCAGCCCCAGAGCCAUUCAUUCAGUAGGUCUGGGGUGGGGCCCAGUACUCAGCAUUGUAACAAGCACCCCUGGCAUUCUGGGUCUGGUACUGAGCAACCCUGCCCUAGACUGGGAGCGCCAUAAGGGCAAGAACCUCAGCACCGGGAGAGCACACAGUAUUUGUUUCUUUUUGAAGAAAUAAGCAUAAUCAUUUUUAUAAAAAGGGAAGAGGAUUAUAGAAAGAGCCUAUCGGAUAUUAGUCUGAGUGAGUUCCAUUGGGCCCUGGCUUUGCAUAUUUAGGGAAGGGUAGAAUGCCAGACUCUGCCUUGUUUCUGUAUGAAGAGCCCCAAGCAGAGGACAGGAGGUAGGGGUAAAAACUCGCCCUGGGCAGGGGGUGAAGGCAGAGUCUGGCCUCCUGCAGCCUCUUUGGCAGUCCCUGGGCCCCAGAAGACCAGGGGCUGCCAUCUCCAAGUCCAGGGCCCAUCCCGAUGAGGGUCUGCCCAGCCUGGCAUUAGAGCCAUCCCUCCCCCUUCCCAUCUCCCUCUCAACUCAAGGGGCUUAGCAAGGGCCACCGCCUGCCCUGAGUUUGGGAAGCCAGACCAGCCAGGGCUCUGCAGCCCAAGUAGGCAGGUAGCACGAGGAAAGGCAGAGCAUGGCCCGGGGUGUCCUGAGAGGCCCUGUUGGUGUCUGGAGUGGUGUCCAUGGUCUGCCCAGGCAUCCUUGGUAAACAAAGCCCCAGCUCUGUCCUCCCAGGCCCUCUGUCCCGAGGGCAUGGGUGCCACCCUCAGGGCUGGGCUCCUGCCAUCAUACCAGGCCGUGCUCAUGGGAGGACCAAGGGCUCCACUCACCCGUGAGGGCCAGGGCAGCAGAGGGGUCUGACACUUGCACCUGAUGCCAAGGCUCAACCCAUUAGAGAGCAGUUCCUUUAUGUUGAGGAUCAGUGUUAACUGUAUAUUAGAGUUUCUACCACUGUGAGCCUCACCAUGAACACAGUCUGCUCCGGGGCUCAGUGUGUAUCCUCUGAUCUCCACAAGGACCCUCGAAGGAAGCGUUCUUUGUGAUCUGCAUCUUACACCUGAGGACACUGAGGCUCAGAGAGGUAGGGACUUGCCCGAGGCAGCUCAGCUCAUGAGCAGGGAGGCUAGGAGUAGAACAAGGUUUGUUCUUAAUCUGUGCCAAUAAGGCAGGGCAGGGACAGGGGGAAGUUAGGAACGCCAUCAGCUGCCAUGGACAUCUCUAGGUGGAGUCUUUUCUGGUUGUGGCAGAGCAGAGCCCAAAGAGUAUAGUAGGGCCUGGGAGGGCUGAGCUAGGAUGGACAAAUUGACUCAGAGAGGGCAAGACGCCUACCAGAGAUCACACAGCAAAUUAGCCACAGAGCCAGAGCUAGCCCCUGAUCUCCUGCUUCCCCUCCAGUGCUCUGUCUCAGCCCCUCCCAGCAGGGCAAAAGGGGACCUGAAAGGCAGCUUUGGCCAAGGCCCGCCCUGAGGGGGUGAGCUGGAUACUCAGGGUCAGAGGGCAAAGCCAGCCCCCCUGCCAACAAGGGUGGCUCUCUGGGUUUAUUGGAAGCGCCACUGAGCUUUGCUACAGUAGUACAGCCUCAUUCCCAUCUGGAUCCUGUGGCCACAAGUGCAGGAAAGGAUAUGCAGGAGGAUGGGAUAAAAGGGCAUGGCUUCAUUCAUUCACUCAUUCAUGCACUCAUCAAUUCCAGAGGUACUUAUUGAGCGUCUCUUGUGAGCUAACUACUGUGCCAAGUAUUAGGACUUCUCAGAUCUCCUGUCCCUUUGACCCUUGGAUUUCUUUCCUUAGGCUAUCUAUGUCAUUAUUAUCAAGACAGAGUGGUCUUUUCUCCUUGUAUUUCUGCCCUGGCUGAAGCCCCCUUUCCUAGCUUAGAACCACAAGUGGGCAGAGCUGGGCACUCACCUGGAAGCUCUGGCUGGAGCCAGCCACCCACACACUCGGCUGGCCAGCUAGGCAGCCGCCCAUCCUGCUGCCCCAUCCUCCGCUCACCCUGCUGCAGCGCCUGCCCAGGCGUCCUCCCCAGCCCCCCGACUGAGUGGCCGUCAGCCUUGAGCAGCCAGUGACGGCCUGGCAGGCAGCCGGUGCCUCCCACUUCAUUAAUAAUGAAUCGCCAGGCACUCCCUGCACCUCUCACUGGUCGCCUAAUUGACUUGGUGGGAGACUCGGAAGGUCUCCUCUGGAGAGACUCAGAGAAGCAGCUCCUCCAGCCACGGCCACCAGAGCCCAGGAGAGCAGACAAGCAGCCUCACUCAGCCUCCCAAACAGCACCCCCAGGACACCUGGUCCCAGGGGCCACCCCCCAGAGCACCUGCUCCCAGGGGCACUUGCAGGGGCUUCUUUCCCCAAGGUACCUGCUCCCAGGGUCCACCCCCCGCACAAGGAUACAUGCUUCCAGGGGCCACCCCCACCCCAGGGAAUCUACUCCCAGGUAGCUGCACCCCACCAGGGCACCUGCUGGCUGCCCCAGGGCUCAGGGAGCAGCCAAGACUUGUGGAAAGGAAGGAGAUUUCUCUCAUCAGUCAGAGAGAGCUCUCAACCCAGCCUUGCAGACACUUUGGAGACUGCGUGGUGACGGCACCCUCGAGCCGGGACCAGACACUGGACAGCCCAGUCCAGACCAGGGUGGGGGCAAAGGAAGGAGCCCCCAAUACCAGGAAGAUGUGAGGGGCAGAGGAAAUGUCAGCUUCCCACUCGACUCUCAAGUUUCCUUCAAGAAGGUCUCUUCUAGCUUGUCUCUGGAGCUCUGAUCCCCUCCCCUUGGAGAGCACACCGGCUCUUCCUCCGUCAUUGCCUUGGGAGAUCCUGGCUCCCAAGGGGCCUCCUUGCAGAGAUUCCCCCUUAGGGGAUCACGUCUCCCUCGGGGCAGGGAGCAGCCUCCGGGAGCAGUGACUUCUGGACAGGUGGGAAGAGAGCUCACAGCCAGGACUCAGCCAGCCUCCAGCAUGCAGGUCUCCUUCAUGUGUUCUGAGCACAGCCUCAAGGCCCGCAGCCCCGAUGAGCGGCUGGGCCGGCCUGCGGUCAGCAGCCCCAGCAUGGGCACCCACGGCCGCUUCCGAGCUGUGGCCAUGGUGGCCCGGAGUCUGGGGCAGGUGUCGGUGCAGAGCCCCCCAGGUGCCGGCGAUGCAAGCGGAAAGCAGCCUGGCAUGAAAUACAGGAAUUUGGGCAAGUCUGGCCUUCGAGUCUCCUGCUUGGGGCUUGGAACAUGGGUGACCUUCGGGGGCCAGAUCACCGACGAGAUGGCAGAGCAACUGAUGACCUUGGCCUACGACAAUGGCAUCAACCUCUUCGAUACAGCAGAGGUCUACGCUGCGGGCAAGGCUGAAGUGGUCUUAGGAAACAUUAUUAAGAAGAAGGGCUGGAGACGAUCCAGCCUUGUCAUCACCACCAAAAUCUUCUGGGGUGGAAAGGCAGAGACAGAGCGAGGCCUGUCCAGGAAGCACAUCAUUGAAGGUCUGAAAGCCUCCCUGGAGCGGCUGCAGCUGGAGUACGUGGACGUGGUAUUUGCCAACCGCCCAGACCCCAACACACCCAUGGAAGAGACCGUGCGCGCCAUGACCCACGUCAUCAACCAGGGGAUGGCCAUGUACUGGGGCACGUCACGCUGGAGCUCCAUGGAGAUCAUGGAGGCCUAUUCAGUGGCCCGGCAGUUCAACCUGAUUCCACCCAUCUGUGAGCAGGCUGAGUACCAUAUGUUCCAGCGUGAGAAGGUGGAGGUGCAGCUGCCAGAGCUGUUCCACAAGAUAGGAGUAGGUGCCAUGACCUGGUCCCCUCUAGCCUGUGGCAUCGUUUCCGGAAAGUACGACAGUGGCAUCCCACCCUACUCAAGAGCCUCCUUGAAGGGCUACCAGUGGCUGAAGGACAAGAUUCUGAGUGAGGAGGGCCGGCGCCAGCAGGCCAAGCUGAAGGAGCUGCAGGCCAUCGCUGAGCGCCUGGGCUGCACCCUCCCCCAGCUGGCCAUAGCCUGGUGUCUGAGGAACGAAGGGGUCAGCUCCGUGCUCCUGGGGGCUUCCAAUGCAGACCAGCUGAUGGAGAACAUCGGAGCAAUCCAGGUCCUUCCAAAAUUGUCAUCUUCCCUUAUCCACGAGAUUGAUAGUAUCUUGGGCAAUAAACCCUACAGCAAAAAGGACUACCGAUCCUAAGAAAACCCCACCCCGGCCGCUGGGACAGUUUCCUUUACCUCCUAGUCUCUGUUCGCUCGUUCGCUUAAGCUGUUUUGAAGCAAAGGGAAGAGUGCGGUUUGCAUCCAAAAGACACAACACGGCCAAGAGGCUGCGAGGACUUGGAGCUGGCGAGCCAGCCAAAGGGAGAAGGACGCUCCGUAACCUCUGCUCAUCCUCGAAGAAGAAACCCCUGUUUCCUCCCAGCCGCCGCCCUGCACCCACACUCCCUAAGCAAGGCCCGGGGGACCUGGUCAGGCCCUUGGGGUAGGCAGGGCAGUCUUUCCUCUGCUGGGACCACCUGGCGCUUGGGGAAGGGGAGAGUGGUAAUGUAAAAAGAAAGGAGGUCUGGCUCUUCCUGUGCGCUCCUCUGCUGGGCCCUAGGCUUUGGAGGACAGGGCCUCCCCACCUGGGAGCCUCCCCCAACCUCUUUUCAAGGUUUCCAGGUACUGUUCCCCUGCACCUGACCUCACACUCCUCUGCCCACCCCUUUCUCCACCUGCCCUGCACCCCACAUCCCCGCCAUCUCAGCACCAGCCAACCCUGCCAUGCUGACCCUUAACCCCCACCCCAUUACCUGGCUGGCAGGAGCAGAGAAACUUAGGGGGGCUGACUCUGCUGUUUGGAACUCAAAAUGUUUGAGGUCUGAUUUCAAGCUUCUGGCCCCACCUGGCUUCCUCCCUGGGAAAGAUUGGUGAACCCCAGACCAGGGAGACCAGAGCACAGGAGAGGCUGGUGGAGCAGGCUCUGGUUCGGCCUCUGCUGGGGCCUGCCUGCUCUCCCUGCCAGUCGCCCACUCCAGAAGGCUUGAGGUUAAGCAUUUCUUGGCAAGACUGUGGCUGCUGACUGCACCAGGGGCAGCAGCAAGCAGGGGCAGGCAGGGUCCAUGUGCACAGGCACACUUUCCUCCCUGUCUGAGUCCCUCCUCUAAUGACCCCCCUCCAAGCCUCUGCUCGGCCCUGCUCCAGGAUGGUAGACUUGGGAUCUGCAGAGAAAACAUGCUUUGACCCUUUCAGAGAGGGGGACCUGGGGUUUUCACACAGGCUGCACGCCCGGGGGCUGGGAGACCUGACCACCCAGUGUCAGAGAAGACCCCUGGGAGCCUGUCCCUGGAGAGGUGCCACCUGGAGGCUCUGUCUUUCAGAGCAGCCAGGUGAGGGACACAUCUUGGGGUGCUCUAGGGCUUCUAGGUGCCUGGGGCAGAUGGGCUAGGAGCCCUGGGUGGAACAAAUGGUUAAGCGCUCCACCACUAACCCAGAGGCUGAUGGUUCGAACUCCCCCUAGAGGUGCCUCAGAAGAAUGGCCUGAUGACCUGCUUCCAAACGGUCACAGCCUUGAAGACCUUACGGAGCACAGUUCUGCUCUGACCCACACAGGGUUGCCAUGAGUCAGAAUCAAUUUGAUGGCAACUAGUUUGGUCUGGUUUGGAUGGGGCAGAUGAACAGGAAGUGCUGCCCCCAAGAUCCACCCACCCCACCCCAAAGGGAGGGCUGACUGGGAGGACAUCCCCUCCCCCUCCCCCAGCUUCAGUGUUCUCCCAAGGGGUGGUGGGGCCGGAAGCCUGCAGAUUCCGGAGAGAGGCUUACAGCCAGGAGCCCAGCACCCUGGUCCUAAGCAUCACUGGAAGCAGCCUGUGGGGGCAGGGUGACAGGCUCCACUGCUCAGCCCCUUUCCACCCCAACACCUGGGUGCUCCACCCUCCCAUGCAUCAGGGCAGGCCCAGGUGCUCCUUCUUUGCUCUUCAGAGAGCUGCUGUUCUGGAAGGCCCCUCCCUGCCCAGCCCAUCAUGGCUGGGCUGACACCUGUGAACCUGGCUUUAGGAAAGCCACCAGGCAAGGAGGUGGGGAGGGGCAUGUUUUCCUCCACUGCCCACUUGGUGCUGAGCCCCAGGAGACAGGUCCUCUUCAUCCAUCCUCUCCACCAAGUCCCAUCCUAAUAGCACAAGAAAGGCCCAAGGGGCAGGGGAGGGACACCCCAGUCUGUGGCCACCCUCCACCAUCACAUGGGGCUGGGGUGCCCUGCUCCAAAGAUGGACCCUGCAGUGGCUGCUGUCCCUCCCAGGCCCAGCUGCAGUCCUCAGGCCUGGACAGCAGGACCCAGGACAGGCCAGUGUCUCACCCCUCAGCAUCACAGCAUCUGGGCCCCUUCCACCCUUUGCCCCCCCAGGCCCUGCCCACUGUAGGAAGAUGGGCCAGGGAUUGCAGUGGUGCCUGAGGUGGGGGCUGCCGCUCCCCAAGAGCCACACCAGACCCAGCCUGGAGAGGUGUUUGCCAAACAGGGAGGACAGGCACCUGCCCUCAGCCAAGGCUGAAAUGCUGGUGCCCCAGGUCACUGUUCUGAGGGAUCCUGUUUCUUCUAUGUAUUCCUGGGGGCCCUUCCCCUGACGUCUGUGAGGUGGGGGCAGGAGUACUAUGGGGUCCAUGGGAAAGGGAACUCAGACCUAGGGGCACAAAGCCUGGGAAGGGAAACCCAGCCUCUGGCUGGCACCUGCCCUCAAGGCAUAGGCAGGCCCGGAAGGGGCGGCCUGGUUCCUCCCUGGACUCUCAGGGCUCCCGUACCUAGUUAUGAGGAGGACCCAGGAGGAAAGCCCUCAAGAGCCCCUGAGCUGCUAAGCAGACGUAGCCCCCUCCCAGCUUCCCCACCCCACAUUGAAGCAGUUUGCUUGACUGGGUCCCCACCACCAGGAGUACUGACACAGGAACUGGGCCCAGGUUGGGGGGCUCACGACACACGGACUCCCCCACUAUUUCCCAUCAGAAAUGAUGUUAAGUCCGAGGUCCUGAGGAACUACAGAGGGGCUUGCUCUGUUGUCCGUUCUCUUCGUCAUGUAAAUACCAUGCUUUUCUGGCCCUCCUUUUUUUAAUAACCGUGGCUCCACGCUAACCGCAUCCCCCAUCAGACAGACUGCUGUUCGCCUUGCCCUUCCAGACGCGCUGCGCAGACCGAGACACAGCCACUGUAUUUAUGAAUGACAAAAUAAACCCGAGCUCCAGUGA